AUGCCCACCGUGUGCUCCAUUAAUAUUGUUCCUCGCGGUCUGUUUCUUUCACACCCCCACGUUCUGGCACACAGGGACAAAGAUGGUUUCUUGAUUCUGUCCGAAAAACAGAAACGGCAACUGGAUCGUUGGGUACGCCCGUCUGACUAUUUGGAAAAUCCCGAAAUGAUUAUGGCCAUCUCAUGUUUCUCCAUUCGGCAAACGGUCGUCACGGACUGCUCGUUUGUUGCGUCCAUGGCUAUUGCAGCGCAAUAUGAACGUCGAUUCAAAAAACGUCUCAUCACCAACAUCAUUUAUCCACAACGAAACGGGGGUGCAGUUUACAAUCCCUGUGGGAUGUAUAUGGUUCGCCUGAACAUCAAUGGUGUCUCACGAAAGGUGAGUUCCACACAGCUGCUUUGUUUUGCUUCCGAAUCCGGUUAA